CGGUCCAUUUGUUUCUCGCUCUUGAAUUUCUAGAGAGAGAGAGGGUUUCCGAGAGUUAUAGAGAGAGAGAGAGUGUGUGUGUGGGGAUUCACGGGUGAGAGUAGUGCUCAGUGCGUUCCUCGCAUUAGAGAGUGUGUGUGGGGGUCCUUGUGUUUCUCGCUCUAGAGUUUUAGAGAGAGAGUGGAGAUGGGGUUUCUCGCUCUAGUUUUUCUGCAAUUGCUUGUUGUGGGGAAGUGCUAUGGACGCCCUGCUACAUUUCUGCAGGAUUUUAGAGUGACAUGGUCUGAUGCCCACAUCAAGCAAUUGAUGAAUGGAUCAGGCAUUCAGCUCACAUUAGACCAAACGUCUGGUUGUGGAUUCGCUUCCAAGAGCAAGUAUAUGUUUGGGCGCGUGAGCAUGAAAAUCAAACUCAUUCCAGGCGAUUCAGCAGGAACAGUAACUGCAUUUUACAUGAAUUCUGACACCGAUACUAUAAGAGAUGAAUUGGACUUUGAGUUUUUGGGCAACAGAUCAGGGCAGCCUUACACUGUUCAAACAAAUGUAUAUGCUCAUGGAAGUGGAAACAGAGAGCAAAGAGUGAACCUCUGGUUUGAUCCAUCUGCUGACUUUCACACUUACUCUAUUCUAUGGAAUCGCCAUCAUGUAGUGUUUUCAGUGGAUGACACUCCUAUAAGAGUAUACAAGAAUAACAUGAUCAGAGGGGUGUCCUAUCCUACAUCUCAACCCAUGGGAGUCUACUCCACCCUAUGGAAUGCUGAUAAUUGGGCCACUCGUGGUGGGCUUGAGAAGAUAAAUUGGGCCCAAGCCCCAUUUUUGGCCUACAUGAAAGACUUUGACAUUGAGGGUUGCUCAGUUCCUGGACCUUCAUCUUGUCCUUCAAACCCAUCAAAUUGGUGGGACACUCAGCCUUAUCAGCAACUAAGCCCUUACCAAGCAAGAAAAUAUAAGUGGGUGAGAAUGCAUUACAUGAUAUAUGAUUAUUGCACAGACAAGUCCCGGUUCCCCGUCGUUCCCCCUGAAUGUAUGGAUGGGAUUUAAUUAGACAAUUUUUUUCUUUUUGCUUUCAUUUUUUUUUUUUUGGGUUUUUUUUUUUAAUCUUAUUGGGGCAUAUGUACUUUUGUUGGGGGUAUAAAGGGUGUAGUUUGUAUGAGGCUGUGACCCUGAACAAUCAAAGUAAGAUGCACUUUUAAAUAGUAUUAA